GCGGCGAACCGUGCGGAAAAUCCCGGCUUUCGGGUGAUGAAAUGUCGGCUGCCAUGCAAACGGUGCUUCCAGCGUAUAAACACUGACUGGCAAAUCUGACUUGGAAUUUAACAGGGAGCUGUUUGAACUCUGCAAGCUGAGGACAGCACGGUGGUACGAUAAAGAUGAUGGCGACCGGGGCUGGAAAAGAAACAGUAACCUAAGGCGAAUCAUGAAGUUCGUGAGUCGCGAUCAUUCGAGCGAUCCGGUUCCUACAAUGCCUGGUCCCUCUCGCUACAGCUUCAUAAAGCAUCUUAGCAAUGCGAGCAAAGAGAUGCCAUUGACAUCACUGUCUACCGAACAACAGAGCAAUGUUGCGUCUGUCAUUCAUUUGUCAUGGGGCUAAGGUGAUUUUUCAGGAUAUUUGUCAUGGGGCUAAGGUGAUUUCUCAAGACAUUUGUCAUGGGGCUAAGGUGAUUUCUCAAGACAUUUCAUCUCUCCGAAGCCUCCGCCGGCGCAGCUGUGAUGUACGACCUCUCGGAUAUCCGGUACGUCUGACCGGUGACGUCAUCCCCUUCCACAGCGGCUUCCUCUUCACGUCGCCCAAGCAACUAAAGGCGGGCACCAGCGAACGCGUCUGCGUCACGCUCUUCAACCUGCCCGGGCCGGGGCGGAACGUGACCCUCAGUCUCUCACUCUGGGCCGGGGCAUCCCCCUGGACUAGGCUGGUGGAGCUGAUACCAGACACGGUGGACGCUGAUGGCGAUCACUGUUUUGACCUGGACGUGCCGCGCUCGGUGACCAACUCCCGGGGCCAUCUGGACCUCAGCAUUGCCAACGCCGCCGGACUGCGCUUCUCAGACGAAUCCUGGGUGGGAAUCAAGCCAUUCACGCUGCUGACACUGAUUCAAACGGACAAGCCCAGGUACCGUCCAGGCGACAAAGUCCUGAUUCGCGUCAUAUCUCUGCGAUAUGAUCUCACUCCGCUUAUCGAAAACAUUCCGGAGGUGUGGGUGACCACCCCAGACAACAUUCGCGUUGCCCAGUGGAGUGACAUCAAGACCAGCGGAGGCCUGAUCCAGCUGGAGGUGCAGCUGACCGAGGAGCCGCCACUGGGCAGAUGGACCAUCCACGCGAGGACAAAACGCCGGUCCGAAACACAUGGUUUCGACGUGGAGGAGUAUGUGCUGCCCACAUUCGAGGUCAAGGUCAAAAGCCCAACCUAUCUGCUUGAGGGAGAGAAGACAAUCACCGUCGACGUCUGCGCCAAGUACACCUUCGGCCAGCCACUGAUCGGAGCCAGCGUGACGGUGAACGUCACGAAAGGGCGUGAUCACGUCAGUGACACUCUCACGACGGACGAGACGGGCUGCGCCUCCUCAGAUCUGAUUGUGGAUGAACUGCUGUCUGGCUUUAGGUUUGGCGUUGCUACCAUCAACGCCACUGUGGAGGAGUUUGGCACGGGUCUCAGCCAAUCAGAGACGAGAUCACUGCACAGAGGAUCCUCCGGAUCCGCCUCAGCCUCCGUUCCAGACAACACGCAGCUGUUCAUCAAGCCCGGCCUGCCCUACUACGGCCGGCUUCACAUCAAAGACCGGAAUGGUUCGCCGUUCGCCGAAAAGAUCGUGGAGAUCUGCUUCAAGGCCAAAUACAAGGAGAGAGCUGCCAUACCGAGCGGGGAGGACCCCACGAAGACCCCAGACGAUGACCUGUUUGACGCCUAUAAAAAGCACUCGGAGCGCGUGCAGGCCGAGUUCGGCUACACGCCGCUGAUCUGGGAGACGGAGGAUCCGGAGCGGCUCUCGACGGCCGAACAGUGCCGCUUCUUCACCGCCGACAGCCAGGGCCGCGUCGUCUACUUCAUCCCGCCUCAAGCACCGAUCGUGGACAGUGUCGACGUCAGGCUGACCCCAGGAUAUGGUGGCGGAGGCCUGUUCCGGAGUCUCGUGACCUUUUUCUCCCCCUCCAACUCCUACCUCACCAUUGACGUCCACCUGCUGCCCGACGAGCUGCCAUGCCGAGGGGACGUCACCGUCCAGCUGCUGACGUCACUGGAGAAGGACGUGCCGCCAAUGGUGUACCAGGUGAUGUCGCGCAGCGAGAUCCUGCGAUCAGGCCGGGUGUCCAGCUCGAGCCUGACACUGCCGGUGACGCCGGCCAUGAGCCCGCAGUUCAAGCUGCUGGUGUUCUUCGUGCUGGACUCGGGCGAGGUGGUGAGCGACGCGGUCGUCCUCAAGGUGGAGCAGUGCUUCAACAACCAGGUGGAUGUCAGCUGGGAUAAGGAGACGGCCCGGCCCGGAGAGUCCGCCUCCUUCACUGUCAGCGCCUCGCCAAACUCCGUGUGUGGCGUCAGCGCCGUGGACCGGAGCACAGAGCUGCUAGGCACCGGUAACCAAAUCACCGUGGAGGGCGUGUUCAGCCAGUUGAGGCAAUUCAUCUCGCAGGGCUACCACACUCCCGAACAGGUAACCACAAGGGACUACUGCCUGAACCUGCAGAGAAGCCUGGUUAGCACCCUGGAACGGAGCGGUGCCUGGGAUGAAGAGCAGGGACAGGACGACAUCACCUUCUCACGUUUUAGAGUGAGCUUGGGCGACGACCACUUCAGGACCGACCGGCUCGAUGCGCUGGAGUCGUUCGACGAGACGGGCUUUCUGGUGAUGACCAAUCUCGCACUGGAGACAAGGCCCUGCUACAAACGCGUGCAGGCCCGGGAGAUACCGGAGGAGGACAUAGAUUAUCUACCUGAUUUAACUACCAGAGUUUUUGGAGGAUUGGCGUCACCGGGCGCCGGUGCCAGGCCGAUCUUUGCCAACCGCUUCGGAAGGCCACGGGGGCAGGCCGGCGUCGCGCAGUCGGGUAAAGCCGGAGCUCCAGGGCCCCCCAGUUCAGGCAAACCCGCUCCGAUCGGGGACCAGGUCCGCGACUCCUUCUUGGAGGCCUUCCUCUUCUCCAUCGAGACGAUCGGCCCGGAGGGCAUCAAGGUGCUGACCCAAGAUAUCCCCGACACCAUCACCUCGUGGGUCGGCUCUGCCAUCUGCUCCCAUCCUCAGGAUGGGUUCGGUGUCUCCAACAAGUCAGAGGUCAAGGGCUUCAAGCCGUUCUUCACAGAGGUCACGCUACCGUACUCCGUGAAGCGCGGAGAGAUCCUGAACAUGUCUUCCACCGUCUUCAACUUCCUCGAUUCCAGUCUGUCGGUGUACCUGGAGCUGGCGGCGUCGGAGGAUUACUCGCUCGCGGACGAGGUCUCGCCCGCGGGCAUUGACCUCUGUGUGCCGGCGGGCCGCUCCAAGGUCAGCCACUUCCCGCUGACCUUCACCUCUCUGGGCGAGGUCAACAUCACCGUCACGGCCAGACUCCGAGACGGCAACUGUGACCAGCCGAACACCGUCGGCCCCGGCAGUGACACGGUCAUCCGUCCGCUGGUGGUAAAACCCGAGGGAUUCCCGCAGGAGGAGACAACGUCACGGUUCGUGUGCCUGGACGAAGGAGCUGAGCCUUACGUGGAGCAGAUCCCGAUGGUUGCUCCUGAAGGCCUGGUGCCGGACUCUGAGCGGGCUUAUUUCUCCGUGGUGGGGGAUCUGCUCGGACCUUCGUACGACAACCUGGGCCGCCUGAUGGACAUCCCGAGGGCUGGAGGAGAGCCCAACAUGUUGGCCUUCGUGCCGUACAUCCACGUGAGGGCGUAUUUGGAGCACACCGGGCUGCUGACCCCCUUGGACCGGGACCGGACCACCAACGGCAUGAGACAAGGGUACCAGACUCAGCUGCGGUACAGACGCCGGGACGGCUCCUACUCUUCGUUCGGCCGGGAAGACCGGGAGGGCUCGCUGUGGCUCACCGCCUUUGUCGUCAAGUCCUUCAAGGACGCGUCCAAGUACAUCAGUAUCGACAAGGAGUCAAUCAAGGACAGCGAGGACUGGCUGGUAGAUCAGCAGCAGGAUGACGGCUGCUUCCCUCUGCUCGGCAGCGUCAUCCACAAGGAGCUGAAGGGCGGCACGGAGCGGGGCGGUCCGGCCGCCCUGACGGCGUUCGUCAUGCUCGCCCUCGGGGCAUACAACAACAGGAGUCUAGAAAGCGGCUUCACCUGCCUGGAGCACGGGAUCAGUCAGACCAACAAAACAUUGUAUUCCGAGGUGCUGUUAGCCUAUACGCACGUGGUACUGGGCCGGGAACAGCGCGGCCAACAGUUGGUCUCCGCUCUGAUGCAGAAGGCCAAGACCGAGGGACCGGACGCCCUCUUCUGGGAGGGCGAUCGCCACUCCAUCUACGGCGGCAGUCGGGCCGUGGACAUUGAGAUGACGGCAUACAUGGUGCUCUCCCUGGUCCACCUCUCGGGUCAGGAGAACUUGGAGCAGGCGGCGCGGGCCGUCAAGUGGAUCAACAAGCAGCGCAACAGUCUGGGCGGCUUCAUCUCCACACAGGACACGAUUGUGGCGCUGCAGGCGCUGACAGAGUUUGCCAAACGCACUUUUUCUUCGGAGUUGUCCACUAGCGUUACAGUCAGCGCUGGGGGACCCCCCUCCACACUCGUGGUGGACUCGUCCAACCGUCUGCUACUGCAACAAGAAAAGGUGGCAGAUUUUGAGCUGCCAGCUGAGGUCACCUUCACCGUCAGCCCGGCCGGCUGCGUCAUCUACCGCACUAGCUUCCGCUACUCCAGCCGCGCUCGAGUGCCGAAGCCAGCCUUCUCGCUGGCGAUGACCUCGGAGGCUCGCCCGAGCCGCUCUCCAGGCAGUUCGUAUGAGCUGGAGGUAUGCUCCGCCUACAUCGGGGACUCUGGCGAAUCGGAGCGCGUCGUGCUGGAGGUGGAAAUGCCCUCGGGCUAUAUCGCCGUCAGCAGCACACUGAGAAGCCUCCGAAAAAGCGGCGCGGUACGCAAAUACGACUUCAGCAAGGGCAAGGUGACCUUCACGCUGUCCAAGGUCACCGAGGAGAAGGUGUGCCUCAAGUUCCGCAUUAUCCGAGAGAACGAGGUGGAUGGCCUGAAGCCGUCGGUGGUGCGAGUCUACGACCUCUUCAGGCCUGAGGAUCGCAAUAUUCUGGAGUAUGAGCUCUCGCCCGUGUCUUCUCCCGCCGCUUGAUACUUAUGUUGAAGACCGGUGUGUGCCUCUUACGGAUCAUGACAGGAAGACACGUGACACGACAUGUCAGGUCGAUGAGACGUAGACGUCCUGCGAUUCGACCGCACACAUGCAGCUUAAGCCAGAAUAUCUUGGCAAAAUCCUGGCGAAAAGAAAAUAUAACUACCAGCACCCUAGAUCAGCAUGCGCAAGAUCGCUUUUAAUAAAUGACCGCAAGGUGUGUUAUGGAAUAUGUCCUCAGGCGUGCCGACUCCCUGUAAUGUCGCCUUGCCGUUCCCGGGACGCGGGCAAUGACCCCGAAUAUUGGAUGACUUUUGACCGAACUUUGCAGCUGCGUAUGAAGGCUUGUGGCAUCGAAAAUUUAGGUAUGCGAGGUAAUACAUUUGGCUGCCUGUAUCGCUCGCUCUUUUUGGUAUCCUGUCUUAUAUGUGCACAUUUUAGCUUGAUAUUGGUGUGCCUUUCCGCUUAAUUUGUCUUCCAACGUUUUAGAAGGGUGAAAUUACAAUAAAAACGAACACUGGA